AUGUCUAAAGCUGUGUUGGACUCUCCCAAGGCCGAACAUCAAGAGGCUGAUGUCGUGCCAAAUCUAUCGACGGAGCCUUAUGGACCACCUGGUUUCCGUGGUAUUGCAGCUUCCCGUUAUGUUGCCCUCUGUGCGUCCUUCAGUGCCAUCGGCGGCCUUCUGUUCGGAUAUGACCAAGGUGUUAUUUCAGUCAUCCUGGUCAUGGAUGAGUUUCUCGGACGAUUUAGCGAAGUCUCAGAUACAGCCCCAGGGGCUGGGUUCAAAAAAGGGCUGAUGACAGCCAUCUUGACGCUUGGAGCAUUCAUUGGAGCGUUGAAUCAAGGUUGGAUUGCAGACAUGUACUCGCGAAAGUAUUCCAUCAUGAUCGCCGUCGGCAUCUUCACAGUUGGCUCCGCGCUUCAAACAGCCUCUGUCGACUAUGCUAUGCUCGUGACAGCCCGCCUAAUUGGUGGCGUUGGAAUCGGAAUGCUGAGCAUGGUUGUACCUCUAUACAUCUCAGAAAUAUCGCCUCCAGAAAUCCGCGGCACGUUGCUCGUACUCGAAGAGCUGAGCAUCGUGCUCGGAAUCGUCAUUUCCUUCUGGAUCACGUACGGUACCCAGUACAUCAAUUCGCAUUGGUCGUGGCAGCUUCCCUUCUUGAUUCAGAUUAUUCCUGGGCUGCUCCUCGGAUUUGGCGCAAUUCUUCUCCCCUUUUCUCCAAGAUGGCUAGCAUCCAAGGGACGAGACGAAGAAGCACUUAUAAAUUUGGCCAAAUUGCGAUGUCUACCCAUGACGGACCCUCGAGUUCAGCGUGAAUGGAUGGAGAUUAUCACCGAAUCCAAAUUCCAAAAGGGCAUUCUUGCUGAGCGUCACCCUACUCUUGUCAAAGGUGGCGUUAGUAACAAGCUCAAGUUGGAGUUUUCAGCAUGGCUGGACUGCUUCAGGAGGGGUUGCUGGAGGAGAACUCACGUCGGUGCAGGACUCAUGUUCUUCCAACAGUUCGUUGGUAUCAAUGCCCUGAUUUAUUAUUCGCCGACCCUCUUCGGAACCAUGGGACUCGACCACAACAUGCAGCUCAUCAUGUCCGGUGUUCUCAACGUCACACAACUUAUUGGUGUAAUAUCCAGUUUGUGGACUUUGGAUAGAUACGGCCGGCGAAAGAUUCUCAUGUACGGGAGCGUAGGCAUGUUUGUAUCGCACUUUGUCAUUGCCAUACUCGUGGGCAAGUUUUCGAACAACUGGCCGGCUCACAAGGGACAAGGCUGGACAAGUGUUGCCUUUCUUCUCUUCUACAUGCUCGCUUUCGGGGCUAGCUGGGGUCCCGUUCCUUGGGCCAUGCCAGCUGAGAUCUUUCCAUCCUCGCUCCGUGCCAAGGGUGUUUCGAUUUCGACGUGCUCAAAUUGGUUGAACAAUUUUAUAGUCGGCUUGAUCACACCUCCUCUGGUACAGAAUACCGGAUUUGGAGCGUAUGUGUUCUUCGCAGUCUUUUGUUUCCUGUCCUUUUUGUGGACUUUCUACUUUGCUCCCGAGACCAACGGUAAGACCUUGGAGCAGAUGGAUGACGUGUUUAGGGACCACAGCAGCUCUGAGGAGAUGGAGCAGAAGAAUCGGCUGAUGGCUGAGACUAUUCGUGAGCGAACAAAUGGAAGCGUCACGACAUAG